UUAUUAUUACAACAAACUGGAGCCAUUAAUGAAUGUGUUGAAUAUAUGUAUGUCAGAUAUGCCAAAAAGUUACAGGUUAGCAGACAUGAGAAAUUUGGUUAUGGUACCAUGGUCACUCAAGUAGCAGCAACUGCACCAGGCAUGGUUGCUUUACAGAGCACAGGUUUCAUCAAAGCUUUACUGACUGUGUUAUGGUCUGUAUUGGAAUGUAGUCAAGAUGAGAGGAGAAUUGUAAGACCCACUUCAACACCGAUAGAUGCUGUUGAUAGAGCAGCUCAUAAGUCUUUUAUGAAUCUGAUAAAUGUAUUAUCAGCAUACCCUGCUGUGUAUGAAGUAAUAGCAGAUCAACAACUAUCAGAGAGAGAUUCCUAUUCAUUCAGGGAAAUACCUACCACUAUCACAGGCAUAAUUGAGCGUCUCAUUAUGGUGAAUACUCCUGGGAAAAUUCAUUCAUUAUUUAACGUGGAACAAUCUCAUGUGUUUGGACUCAGGAGUAAUGAGUUCAUCAUUGACAUGGUGUCUGUAGAAAACAACCAUAUACUAGUACGAACACAUGUGGUAGGUGGACCAUCCGAAAGAAUAUUACCACCACGUAUGUUGAAUAACGGCGAUGAUCCUUACCCAUGGCCACUCUUCUCACAAUUCCCAGUACCAAAGAAGUAUACACCAUCAUUGACAAGACCAUCAGCAAUGAAACAAGAAAAUGAGCUGUCUAAAUUCCUCAUUAGUAGCAGGAAUGAAGAUGUGAAUUCACUGUGGUUAGAUAAAUGUAGAAAAGCCUUCUGUAGUUUAUUGACAAGGAAAGCAGAUCUCGCUACAGGCAAGGUGUUAGUUGAUAUGUUGGAACGAGUUGUUGCUGCUCAGCUGAAAAAUCCUGAUGAGAGUAUAUUUCCCCAGAAGAAUUUCAAUGCAACUGAUAGUCAACUGAAAGCCCAUAAAUUACCUGAUGUACAAAUAUCAGGUAUUAGAAUGGCAGUCAGGUAUGGUCUGCAUCUUAAAAUACUAAAUAACAACAAUGAAAGCAAUGAAAAGCUGACAAUGUUACUGAAACAGUGUAGACAUUAUCUCAGACAACAGCAGCAACAGAGAACUGUCAACUCAGACAUACGUUUUUUACAGCAAGACUACAUGGGACAUGAUUGGUUUGCUUCUACUCUAUUUCUAAUGUGCUCAGGUAACCGAGAUAAGAGUUGGAACUUACUCCACAAAUUCUCCUCACUGGUAGCAUCAGGAUAUCUCUGGUUGCCAAGGUUACAUAAAUCGGCUUUGGUUCCUCGUCACCUGACUAGCAGUGGAAUCAGUCCAUUGUUUUCUACUACCGGCCAUAAUAUUGAAUUGUUAUUACAAAUGGAAGUACCACUAGCAUUCUCAGCAUUAAAAAUGUGUGGAUAUACCCCCUCACAGAUUUGCUUACAUUGGUUGCGACAGUGCUUCUGGAAUUACUUGGAUUGGCAAGAUAUCUGUCACUAUAUUUGUGUGUGUGUUCUUAUGGGUAUAGACUACCAAGUAUACAUGUGUGUUGCUAUAUUCCGGUAUUUACAACAAAACAUAUUGACACAUGCACAAAACAGAAAUUUACAGGUUUACUUCAAGGAGGAACCUAUUAGAGGAUUUCAAGUUGGAGCACAUCUAGAAUACAUGCAACAAUUGGAACAGAAUUACAGACAGUUGAUUCUGACGGAUAUGAAGAAUAUAACCAAACCAUGA